AUGGCCCCGCACUACAAAGCGGGCACAAAAAUCUUCAGCAAACGUCGCGGUGAAAUGUUCCUAGCUCAAAUUGUCAAAGUCAAUGUCAGAAAAAAUCCAGCAGAUCCGAUCUACACAAUCAGAUAUGUCGGAAAAUAUAGUCGCUAUCCGGAAAAAGUGAAGCACAGUGAGAGUUCGCGUAAAUUUAUUAAAUCAAACAUGAAUCCAAUUGCUGAAGCGAGGUAUUUGAUGGAUGGUUGUGCUGGAACAGAUUCAAGAGAUCAGCAGAUUCAACAUCAACCAUCAAAACCUUCUGCUCCUGGAAGUUCUCGAAGAAGUCGGGAGGAAAUCUGGGGUGUCGAUCCACCUAAAGUACCCUGGGCACCUACAGUAUUCCGAGAAAGAGAAUUGCAAUUAUCAGAGGCUCUCGUCGAAGUUCUGAAGAAGAAUUCGGAAAUGAUCAGACACAAAUAUCUACCAAAGCUUCCAGCAAAAUUUACAGUUGCUGAAAUUAUCAAAGAGGUGAGUUACGGUAACUUUUUUGAGUUCAAAAAAAUGCAGAAAAAAAUUUUACAGUUCGAAAAUUCAAUCGAUAAUCGACCCGUCAUCUUUGAAUCAAUAAUCAGGGAUAAUUUUUUGAAUCGUGUUUUUAUUGGAAUUUUUAACAAGAUCUUGAGGUGAGCAAAAAUAAAUUGAGUGAUUGCUCAUUUUAUGGCUAACCCCAAGAUUCAAAAAAAUAGUGAAUUGCUCAUGUUAGUCUGCGCUUAUGGUACUUGAAAUUCCACAUUUUUUGACACCAAACAAGCCUAUGGUACUGUAGAUUUUUCAAAGCCUAAAUGAAAAAAUGAUAAAAUGAUUGCUCAUAUUAAGGCUAAGCCUAAGGUUCCGAAAAUUUUAUAUUGCUCAUGUUAAGACCUGGGCUUACUGUACCUGAAAUUCCACGCUUUUUGACACCAAACAAGCCUAGGAUAACUUUAGAUUUUUCAAAGCCAAAAUCAAAAAAAAAUGAGCAAAUGAUUGCUCAUGUUAAGGUUGAGCCUAGAAUUUUUAAAAUAUGAAUAUUGCUCAUGUUAGUCUAGGCUUACAGCAUCUAAAAUUCCACAUUUUUUGACACCAAACAAGCCUACUGUAGAUUUUGGCGCCAAAAAAUUAUCUCAAAAUCAUUUUUCCAGAAAGCAAUUGAUAUCAGAAUUCGAAUAUCAUCAACUAGACCAAUUUGAAAAAUCAAUCGAUAAUUUCAAGCCAUCAGAAUACUACGGUAUUGCCCCACUGAUUCGAUGUUUGGAGCAUUAUUUCAAAGAUCGAAAAUUGAAUUUUGAAUUCUAUAUGAUGUUCAAAGAUCUCAUGUCAUUUUUGAGAAAAAAUCUAAUCAAAUUUUAUUAUGGCACUGAUUAUUAUGAACUUUCUCCAGAAGAUUAUAUAGAUGUUGCUCCUCGAAAAAGAUCCAGAGAUUCUGAAACACCUACUACAGUAUCCUGGGGUAUUCCAAGGAAUCUACAGUAUGCAUCCGAUUCUGAAUGUGAGGAAUAUUUUAGUGAAAAUGAGGAGGAAUCGGGGUUUUUGACGAUGCCAGUGAAACUCAAAGAGGUUCUGAAAAUGAGUUCGGAAAAGAUCAGACAAAAAUAUCUGCCAAUUCUUCCAGCUGAGAUUACAGUAGUUCAAAUAAUUAAAGAUGUGAGUUUCAGAUUUUUUUUUGAAAAAAAAAAAAUUCAAAAAUUUUUUUCAGUUUGAAGAAUCACUUGGUAACAUGCCAGAGAAAAGCGAUUUUUAUCUGGACCGUGAGAAAUUCAGAAAUUUUUUCUGGGUUCGAUUGAUUGACAUGUUCAAUAUGCAGCAUAGGUGAGUUUUUUUCUUGAAAAAAAUUUCACAUUGCUCAUUUUAGCCUAGGCUUGAAAUUUCACAUUUUUCGACACCAAACAAGCCUAAGGUUACUGUAGAUUUUCUAACGUCAAAAUGAAACAAAAAUGAGAAAAUGAUUGCUCAUAUUAAGGUUGAGCCUAGGGUUCCAAAAAAGUACAUUGCUCAUAUUAGUCUAGGCCUGAAAUUCCACGUAUUUUGACACCAAACAAGCCUAGUCAUACUGUAGAUCAAAAUUUGGAGCCAAAAUGAAAAAAAAGAGCAAAUGAUUGCUCAUAUUAAGGCUAAGCCUAGGAUUUUGAAAAUUGUACAUUGCUCAUGUUAGUCUAGGCUUGAAAUUUCACGUUUUUUGACACCAAACAAGCCUAGUCAUACUGUAGAUUUUCUGACACCAAAAUUAAACAAAAAUGAGAAAAUGAUUGCUCAUAUUAAGGUUAAGCCUAAUGUUCUAAAAAAAGUAUAUUGCUCAUGUUAGUCUAGCCUUGAAAUUCCACGUUUUCUGACACUAAACAAGCCUAGGGUACUGUAAAUUUUUCGACACUAAAAUUUAAAAAAAAUGAGCAAAUGAUUGCUCAUAUUAAGGCUGAGCCUAGGGUUCCAAAAAAGUACAUUGCUCAUAUUAGUCUAGGCCCGAAAUUCCACCUUUUUUGACACCAAACAAGCCUAGUCAUACUGUAGAUUUUUUGAAACCAAAAAGCUAAUGAUUGCUCAUAUUAAGGCUAAGCCUAGGGCUGCAAAAAUUUUAUAUUGCUCAUAUUAGUCUAGGCUUGAAAUUCCACGUAUUUAGACACCAAACAAGCCUAGUCAUACUGAAAAAAAAGAUUGCUCAUGUUAACUCCAAUUCAACCACCUUAUAAAGUUAGAAGCUAGACGACGAGAAUUGGUCAGAGAACGAGAGUAGUCCGAGAGAACUACACAAUAUCAACAUUUUUUUUUUGCACAAAAGUUAGGAUAACUUCUCCCAUUUUCCAGAGCGCUUCUAAUCUCCGAAUUCGAAUAUUUUCAACUCGACCAAUUCAUCAUUGAAAAAAAAUCAAUAAAUCCCGGAGACGAGUUCAAACCAUCAGAAUACUACGGUAUCGUGCCAUUGAUUCGUUGUCUGGAGCAUUUUAUCAAAAAUCGAAUCGUGGAUUUUGACAUCAAGGGCGUGGUCAAAAAAUUCAUGUGGUACUUGGUGAAAAAUUGUUCAAAAUAUUUUUCAUCCACGACCUAUUAUGAACUUGCUCCAGAGGAUUAUCAAGAAAUUGUGCCACGUAAAAGAGCAAGGAGAUCUAGAUCUACAGUACCCCCAACUACAGUACCUGUUGAUCUAGAAGUCAUAGAACCUUCCUCAACCUCGGAAAUUGUUAAGGUUGAACCUCUCAAUCAGGAGAAUAUUUCUACAGUAUCUUCAUCUACAGUACUUUCAUCUACAGUACUCCCAGAUGCACUGAAAACCGAAGUUCAAGAUGAUUUGGAAAUCUUCGAUCCAACAUCCAACCAGUUUUUGAAUUUCCAUUUUCAACGUUCUGAUUCAACAGAAGUUGAAGUUGAACAAAAUUUCGAACGAAUACUUUGCCUUUCCCUAACUACAAGAGCCACAACUACCGUAUCCUCACCUACAGUAUCCUCACCUACAGUAUCCUCACCUGAUAUAAAAGUUGAAGAUAUAUCAGACAAUGAAUCGGAAGUUUCUAGCUCAACUCCGAAUUUGGUGAAACUUUCUCCAACACCUACAGUACCCUCAGCUACCGUACCUCCAGCUACAGUACUACAGAAAAUCUGGAGACCUUACAAUUUCGAUCUCGAGCCAACUUUAUCUACAGUACCUUUGUCUACAGUACCUUUGCCUACCGUACCUUUUUCUACAGUACCAUUUUGGAACCCUUACAUUUGGAAUCCAUUCGCUUUUCCAACAAUGUACUAUCCUCCAUAUCAAUAUCCUACAGUACCCAUGCCUACAGUACCUACAGUACCAUUUUCUACAGUAUUUUCGAAUUGGAAUUCAGCUGGUUUUGAUCUCUCACAAAUGUAUCCUACACUCGGCUUUCCUCUAGCUACAGUACCUACAGUACCCCGACCUACAGUAAUUCGGAAUGCUCAGAAUUGGAAUUCAAAUAAUCCAAUGUAUAUUGAUUUCGCAAAUAUGUAUUCUACAGUACCCACAUCUACAGUACCCCGACCUACAGUAAUUCGGAAUGCUGAAAAUUGGAAUUCAAAUAAUCCAAUGCAAUUUGAUUUCUCAAAUAUGUAUUCUACAGUACCCACAUCUACAGUACCCCGAGCUACAGUAAUUCGGAAUGCUGACAAUUGGCAUUUGAAUGAUCCAAACGAAAAUCCUGUAGAUUCAUCUACAGUACCCCGACCUACAGUAAUCCAAAGCCCUAUCAAAUCGAAUUUAUUACCAGCUGACGUAAAGAAUGAUAAUUCGAAACGCCCCAGAAUGUAUUCUGCACUGGAUUUUCCUCCGAUCAUAAGAAACCCGGCACCUUUGAGUACAGUACUCCCAUCUACAGUAACCUGGGACAUUGAAAAUUGGAACAAAAUGCCGACUGGUCCAAUGGAAAUUGAAGAUAUGUCGGAGGAUGAAGCGUGAAGUACGGUAGGUUUUUUUAGGUAUACUGUACCUUUAAAUUUUUUUCUCAGAAAAAAUAAUUUUUUUUCAGAUCUCAUAUUCAUUGUCAACUUCAAAGAUCCAAAAUUUUGUUAACUAUGAAAUUUUUAUCGAUUUUUUUAUUAUGUAAUGUUUUUGUUCGAUUUUUUUAUAUUUGAAAUAAAUGUUGUGUGUUGAAAAAAAGUGAAAAUUUUUGGCGCGAAAAUUUCAAAUUUCAAAAAAAUUCAUCUCUAUUUUGCCCCGACAAACCUUUCUACUUGUCUUCUUUUUCCUCUUCGCUUUUUCCAAAUUUUUCAGAUUCUAGGGCAAAAAAAUGGCGAAUUCUCGAACAUCAGGAAACUUGUGAUGUUUCAAAAUCGGGAAAUCUUCAAAAUAAUUUCGGAAUCUCAAUUUGUGUCGAAUAA